CACACACACACACACACUCGCUUUCACAGAGUCCAAGCGGUGCGCACUUGAGUAGAGCGCGCGCGGAGCGCAGUGCCAAAUUGCGCGCGGAGAGAGAAGGCGCUUUCUCUACAUUCCGCAGCGACAUUUCUGUAUUAAGCGGAGCAGAAACUUUUGUCUUUAAUAUGUUUUAAAACACGGACUAUGUGGACGUUACCGAAGCCCGGGUACCGCGACGGCGCGGAGAAGCAGAUCGCCGUGAACGUGGGCGGCGUGAGGCUCGCGCUGCGCGGCGACAUGCUGGACCGCUACCCGGAGAGUCGCCUCGCGGAACUUGCGCGCUGCACAACGCGCAGUUUCGACGCCAUCUCCUCUCUGUGCGACGACUACGAGCCGGCAAAGGGGGAGUUUUACUUCGACCGGGACCCGGACUCGUUCAAGUGCAUCGUGGAGGUGUAUUAUUUCGGCGAGGUGCACAUGAAGAAGGGCAUUUGCCCGAUGUGCUUCAUGAAGGAAAUGGAGUUCUGGAGGAUCGACUCGAGCUGCUUGGAUGAGUGCUGCAAGAGCAACGUGCGCGAGAAGGAGGAAGAGCUCGCUGAAAUAGCUGAUAAGGUCAAGGCCAUCCUGGAUGAUCUGGAUAUAGACGGCGGGCCUUUGGCGACCCGGUCUGAACGCAUCCGGAAGUUUCUCUGGAGGCUCAUGGAGAAACCGGAGUCGUCUUGGGUGGCACGUGCCAUUGCAGUGGCGUCGUUCCUGUUCGUGCUGGCAUCGUCGCUGGUGAUGUGCCUGGCAACGCUACCAGAGCUGCAGGUGCAAGACGCAGAUGGCCACUUAGCCGAACACCCGACUCUGGACACCAUUGAGACGGCGUGCGUCUGCUGGUUCACGUUGGAAUACGGGCUACGUUUUGCUUCAGCUCCUGAAAAGAUGCGUUUCGUCCUGUCCUUCCUCAACAUGGUGGACUUGGCUGCGAUUGCACCUUUUUACAUUGUACUGGCUCUGACCCAUCUCGGUGCCACCGCCGCCAUGGACCUCACUGACGUCCAGCGGGCCGUGCAGGCGUUACGCGUGAUGCGAGUAGCACGCAUACUAAAGCUUGCACGUCACUCAUCUGGACUUCAGACUCUGACUUACGCACUAAGGCGGAGCUUCGCCGAGCUCGGGCUCUUGCUAACCUACAUGGGUGUUGGAAUUUUUGUCUUCUCGGCACUUGGAUACACCAUGGAGCACAGUCACCCGGAGACAAUGUUCCGCAGCAUCCCACACUCCUUCUGGUGGGCCAUCAUCACCAUGACGACAGUGGGCUACGGUGACGUGUACCCGAAGACAGCGCUGGGGAGGUGCAAUGCAGCACUCAGCUUCCUGUGUGGUGUAGUAGCUAUUGCGCUGCCAGUGCACCCCAUCAUCAACAACUUUGUCGUCUACUACAACAAGCAGAAGGUGCUGGAGACUGCAGCCAGACACGAGCUCGAGCUCAUGGAGCUGCACGGGACGUUCGGGCAGGUGGGGGACAAACACGAGACACUCAGGGUUUCAAGAAGCGACUCACACAUUGCGAUUCUGACGGAUGAGCGCAGGGUGGUGAAGAAGAGGAGCGUAUCAUAAAAAAAUUGCUGUGGAAAAAAAACAUCUGCAAGAAUCAGUUCUUUAAGUGACUCAUUGACUGAAUUCAGUCAUAAACUUCUCAACGCGCUACGAAACAAAGUCUGUGUCAAGAAAUCGCCUCCGAGACGUGUGACUUAAAACUGCAAACGAUGCCGUAAAAAAGAACACAGUGGCUUAUACGCUUUAAAGAAAAAAAAAGAAAAGAACCAUAACAAGCAACGCUAACAUGAAAUGUGCAUGAGGUUUACAUGAUGUCAGAAAAAAAAUGAUAUAUGAAUGAUUCUGUGCAUGUUGUAACAAAAAGCCACUUCAUACUUUACAAAAAUAAAAUGCUGUACAGAUCAGGCGUAAUGUUUAGGCUCACUCGCUCCAUAACGACUGAAUAAACACAAACUGUUUACUUCAUGACUUUCAGUGAAGUAUAAAAACCGACAGUUCAUUUGCUUCAGCAGCAACAAGUAUGAGGAUAAACAAUGUGGGUGUGAAGUUUGAGCACUAUCAUGUCCUAGCAGUCAGGAAAUAAAACUGUUUUCUUUGUGGUUAGCAAGCGAACUAGCUGCUGUGAGAAGCCUCUGAUGGGCAGAUUAAUAUUUCUCUAAUAGUGUUUACCAGAAAUUAUCGGUUGCUGUUUAUCCAGACGGUUCACAUUCGGUGAAAGAAGCCAGAGUUAGCUAAGUUUAUGUAGCUAUGUUAGCUAAUGUUUACAGCUAGCAGGCUAAUGCUAACACAAUACUAACACAUCAGGCAGAUGAUUCUUGGUGUUUGUGUAGCUCGCGAGUGCUAACUUAUUUUAGCCACAGCAGAAGACACAAAGUCUUUGUUUUUAUUGUUUUUCAGCAUUUUCCAGAUGACGGUCUGUAGAUGAGGUGAUAAGGAGAAUGUUCCAAUACACAUUUUCUACAUGUCUGUGGUGGGCUGCUUUGUGUACUCUAAAAGACGAGCUCAAGCCAGAGAUUAAACAAAGAUGUCAGCGUGUCCUGUAAG